AUGGAUGACCCAGCCUUCACCCUCCCGACUCUAAAUCCAAUCGACGAAAAUACGCAAACAAUCCUCCUGCACGCCUCCCAGCACAACCUCGCAGCCCUCAAACCCCUGCUGCGCAUCCCGGGGAACGCAUCUGUGCAAGAUCCGGAAACGGGGUUCACGCCGCUGCAUGCUGCGAUUGCGGCGUGUGAAGAUGAGGAGGGGAAUUCUUCUGAAGUGGUUGUAUGGGAGGUGGGUGGGGAGAAGGGGGAUGGGGAGAAGGUGGAUAUAGAGAAGGCUAAGGAUGUCGUGAGGGAGUUAUUCAUGUCGGGCGCGAUUUGGAAUGAUCUCGAUGUAAGGAAUGAGACGCCAGGGUGCCUGGCGUGGAGGCUGGGGACGAAGACGAGGGACUUGUAUGAGCUGUGUGUGGAGGCGGGGGUUAGGGCGGAGAUGCUGUUAGGGAUUAUGGGGAGGUAUGAGGCGUUGGAUAGUGGGGAUGAAGAGGAUGAGGAGGAGGGAGAGGCCGAUGUCGAUGCCAUGGAGAGCGAAACGAAUGGGCAUACGGCAGAAGGGGUGGAGGGUGAGGGGGAAGAAAAGAAAGAUGUCAACUCCGCGGAUUACCUAGCCUCGACCCUGAAAUUCGAAGACGAUAAACUGCUAGAUGCCGACGCAAAUGGUGUCAUGAUGGCCUGGGAAACCAAUAUCAUGCGUCGCAGUGUCGAUCUCCUCCUACCGAACCAGAACCAGCAAGCAGGAGAAGGAGCCAGGAUCCUGAACAUCGGGUUCGGAAUGGGCAUCAUAGACCGCAUGUUCGCAGCCACCAAACCACGCUCGCAUCACAUCAUCGAAGCACACCCCGCGGUUCUAGAGAAACUGGCAGCAGCAGACUCGGACUUCAGCAGUGCGUGGGAGAGCAGCGCGCCACCAGGAGGGAAAUACGUGGUUCAUAAGGGCAGAUGGCAGGAUACGCUACCCGGACUCUUGGAAAGUGGAGAGGUAUUUGACGCCAUCUACUUCGACACGUUCGGGGAAGAUUACAGCGCGCUAAAGGAAUUUUUCUCCGAGUUCGUGCCGGGACUACUCGAUGAGAAUGGGCGGUUUGGGUUCUUUAAUGGCCUGGGUGCUGAUAGGAGGGUGUGCUAUGAUGUGUAUACCAGGGUUGCGGAGUUGGAUUUGAGUGAAGCAGGGAUGGAUGUGGAGUGGACCGAUGUGCCUGUGGAGGAGUUGGGUGGUGAGGGUGAGGGGGAGUGGAAGGGUGUCAGGAGACGGUACUGGACAUUGGAUACAUAUAGGUUGCCGAUUUGCAGUUUCUUGGCUUGA